CAAGCGGACACAGGGGCCCUGAGGGAAAACCCACGGGAGCAGCAGGAUCAGCUGGACCCGUAUUCAGGCCACAAGUGGAGGCCGCCUGUCAGACCUCUGCACGCGCGCGAGCCUGUGGUUCCGCCUCACGAGAGCCGCGGGAGGUCCGGGACGUUGCCCAGCGACUAUCGGUACUCCCAGGAGAACGUGAACGAGAGGAGCAAGGACCGCAGCCUGCCUCAGCUGCCCUGCUCAGAGACCUUCGAGGAGAACCGCUCCUGCCUGGCCAGUGGCAUAGAGCCAGCGCCGCCGAACAAGAAGCGUGGACCUGCUCCUCAGAGGCCACCACCGCCUAAAAGAGAUAAGUACCGGCGACCGGACAAUUGUGCGCCCUUGCUCCGCACCUCUGCUGAAUCUCUGCUGGCAGCACCCGGCCGGCCCUUUCCGUCCUCAUCCCCCAGCUCCGCUGAAGUGUUGGCCAGUCACUCCUCUCUCUGUCAGAGUCCUGCAGCUUUCAAUGGAAAACUGAAGAGUGCUAACCUACAGCAGCUCCAGCAAGUGUCAUCCACGGAGAAUGUUUGUCAGCACUUAGAAGAAAAAACGCACCUUAGGUCUGAGUCUGUAUUGUCUUCCAAGCAUCGGUAUCUUCAAAAACCUGGCAUGGAGACAUCAAGGUCCCCUUCUCCUCAGUUUGCACCACAGAAGCUCACUGAUAAACCUCCUGUGUCCUUACAGGAUGAGAACCCAGCCAGAAUUGAAAGAGUUAUCGACAACAAUACUACAGUGAAAAUGGUUCCCAUCAAGAUAGUUCAUUCCGAGAGCAACGCAGAGAAGGAGAGUCGGCAAAGUCUUGUCAGUACUAUGGAGCCUCCUGCUUUACCCAGUGGCUUGGAAAAGGACCAAAUUAAAACACUCAGCACUUCUGAGCAGUCCUAUUCACGAUUCUGUGCUUACACCAGGCAAGGUGUAGAGCCAGAGCCAGAAGCCAGAACCAAACCAGCUGAUCCUCAACCAUCUGAAGAACCUGGCAGCAACUUGAAGGACAGCAAUGCUGCCACACCAACAGUCAGCUAUGUAAAGGCCAAAGAGAAGACCCUCGAAGACUGGAAGUCAGAGGAGCUAGCCAGAGAGAUUGUGGGAAGAGAUAAAUCUCUAGCAGACAUACUAGAUCCUAAUGUGAAAAUAAAAACAACAAUGGAUCUGAUGGUUGGUAUAUUCCCUAAAGAUGAACACCUCCUAGAGGAAGCUCAGCAACGUAGGAAGCUCCUGCCAAAAGUUCCUUCUCCAAAAAUUUCAGAGGAGAAGAAAGAGGAGCAGAACACACCAUCUGCCAUCUCCCUGACAACCAAUUCUACUUACUACAGCACAUCUGCACCGAAGGCAGAGCUGCUGAUUAAAAUGAAGGACAUGCAGGAGCAGCAGCAACAGCAGCAGAGCGAGGAUGAUUCUGAAGACGAGCUGGAUCAUGACCUGUCAGAAAAGAAGCAAGAACUCAUUGACAGCAUAAGUAGGAAGCUGCAAGUGCUGAGGGAAGCACGGGAGACACUUCUGGAAGACAUCCAAGCAAACAACAUACUGGGGGAGGAAGUGGAGGCCAUUGUGAAAGACGUCUGCAAACCAAAUGAGUUUGACAAAUUCAAGAUGUUUAUCGGUGACCUUGACAAAGUGGUCAACCUCCUCCUGUCACUGUCAGGUCGUCUGGCCCGGGUGGAAAACGCCCUUAAUAACCUGGAUGAAAAUACCUCUCCGGAAGAAAGGCGGACAUUGGUAGAGAAGCAGAAGCUGCUGACCCAGCAACAUGAAGAUGCAAAGGAGCUGAAGGAAAACCUGGAUCGUCGAGAGCGCAUUGUCUUUGACAUUUUGGCGAACUACCUGAGUGAGGAGAACUUAGCAGACUACGAGCACUUUGUAAAAAUGAAGUCGGCCCUCAUCAUUGAGCAGCGAGAGCUUGAGGACAAGAUCAAGCUGGGGGAAGAGCAACUGAAGUGUCUGACCGAUAGCCUCCAACCUGAACGGCUCAAAUAA